UGUUCCACUGGAUGACGCUAGGAGCUGUUCACAGUGCUGAAUGCUCGGCGGCAGUGCUGCCCUGAAGAGGAGUCUCCUAGCAAGUAGAACACAGAGCGCUGCAACGGCAACAGCAGCUCUCUACAGCCUCCAGUCAUCGCACAGAGUACAGUCUGUAGUCUGUAGUCGUGUUGGUGGAACGAAAAUAACAGCCCGUCGUCUGCUUCAAUGAGUACGUUCAGACAGCAAAACCGGGCUGAAGUCACCCAAAGGAGCACGCAGUGUGUGUAGUCGUUGUUCGGCGGAGCUCUCGGUGCUUCGGUCCGUCGGAGGGAAAGUGCUGAUUCCAAGGCUCAAGAAGCGCUAAACGGGAAAACAUGAUGAAUGGGAUGAGAUAUUAUUUUCCUGUCCUGCUUGUUCUGGUGGCGGUGGUCAAAGACACGGGCGCCAGAGCCUUUGCCUCUGAGGAUAGUCUCUCCAUCACUCCUGGGGGCAUUUCCAACCUUUACCCUACCACCCAGGACACAGACAGGAGGCUCCCUGUGGUCACCACUGCACCGCCAAUCAACAUCCUGAAUCAUCACCCACUCUACCGGAAUCCGCCCCAACACCAGGCCCACCCAGGCCCUCGUGGUCAGGCAAAGUACCUUGAAGACAGUGGAGGAUCAAGCUCUCAGCUUUCCACAUCACCAUCCAGGAGAACACUGGAUAACAGUGAUGAAAGGAUUUCAGAUGAGACUCCUGAAAGCUCCAACAUGCAAGCAACCCUUUCCAUACAUGCAUUAGCAACCACUUCUCUCUCCAGUGCACUUCUUCCAGUUACCGGCAGGGUUUUGAAAGGCCCCAAACAUUCUACCAUUAUCACCUCCAGUGAUACUGCUGCAAGGGAAAAGGUUGCAGGGGCAGGCAGUGAUGAAGAGGAGACAACUACCACCACUAUCACAACCACCACCAUCAUCACCACCAUGCAGAGUCCAGUUCCCUGCCAGCUGAACCUGACUGGUCCAGAAGGUUACAUCGAGGCUCCACCACACACCAAUUCUGCUUUUUACUUUACAACUGACUGCAACUAUAUCGUCACUGUCUAUACGGGCUAUGGAGUGGAGGUCCAG